AUGGGUCAACGAAGAUUCUCCCCGAUAGACAAGUCAUGGACCUUCAGGGAAGCGUGCGUGAAUACAUCCAGGUUUCUUCCUGUCUCACAGUUCCCUACUUGCAUCCAUCUGGACCUCAUUCACCACGGAAUCAUCCCAGAUCCCUUCAUUGGGACUGCUGAGAAACAGGCUCAGUGGGUUGGCGAAAAGGCCUGGGUAUACAGAACUGCCUUUAUCGCCCCUCAGCUUGAGGAGAGUGAGAAGGCCGUCCUUGUCUUCGAUGGGCUCGACACAUACGCCUCCGUUCAUCUUAAUGGGAAAGAAAUUCUCGAAACCGAUAACAUGUUCAUUCCCGAGAGAGUGGACAUAACCUCGCUACUCCGCGGAUCGAAUGAUGAAAGCAAUGUUCUCGAGAUUACGUUCGAUAGUGCCUUCAUUAGGGGUAAAGAGGAACAGAAAAAGCAUCCAACGCACGUCUGGGGGUGCUGGAACGGAGACCCAAGUCGUCUCGCUGUCCGAAAAGCACAAUAUCACUAUGGUUGGGAUUGGGGCCCCAUCUUAUUAACAUGUGGCCCAUGGCGCCCGAUUACCCUUGAAAUAUACUCUGCCCGUAUCGCAGACCUCUAUUAUACCACCAAAUUUAAGAGCAGCCUGAAGGAAGCUGAAAUAUCAAUUACUGCUGAAAUAGAAGGCUUUGCAUCGAAUGUGGUCUUCAGCCUAUCCCUUGAUACCCAAAAUCAAGACUCAAGAAACCAAUUUGUUGUGUCUGCAUCUGUGAAAGAUGGAAAGGCAGCGGCAACUAUACAUUUGAAAAACCCACAACUUUGGUAUCCUGCAAAAUAUGGCAGUCAACCUUUGUACUCGUUACAAGCAAAACUAAUGGAUGACGACAAGAUCCUCGAUUUAUCUUGUAAAAGGAUUGGGUUGCGCAAAAUUGAAUUAAUACAACGAAAGCUGGAAGGAAGCGCAGGAACUACAUUUCUCUUCCAAAUCAACAACAUCCCAAUAUUCUGUGGGGGAAGUAAUUGGAUCCCGGCCGAUAGCUUCAUCCCUCGGAUAUCAUCACAACGCUACCGUGACUGGCUCAAGAUGGCAGCCGAUGGGAAUCAGACUAUGCUUCGAGUCUGGGGUGGUGGUAUCUAUGAGCAAGAUGCAUUCUAUGAAGCAUGCGAUGAAUAUGGACUUCUUGUCUGGCAAGAUUUCAUGUUUGCAUGUGGAAACUACCCUGCCCAUAAAGAGUUUCUGCAGUCAGUUAAACAGGAAGCAGAAGCUAAUGUCAAGAGACUCAGGCACCACCCCUCCAUUGUUAUCUGGGCUGGUAAUAACGAAGACUAUGCCUAUAGGGAGAGUGAAAAGUUGCAAUAUGAUCCAUCUGAUACAGAUCCCCGCAACUGGCUGAAGACGAAUUUCCCGGCCCGCUAUAUAUAUGAGAAGCUUUUAGUGGAUGUAACAAAGCAACUUACCCCCGAUACAUAUUAUCACUUUGGCUCCCCUUAUGGCGGAGAGGCCAGCAGUGACCCAACCAUUGGAGACAUUCAUCAGUGGAAUGUCUGGCACGGGACACAGGAAAGAUAUCAAGACUUUGACAAGCUUAGUGGUCGUUUCGUCUCUGAGUUUGGCAUGCAAGGCCUCCCGAAUAUAGGCACCAUUGAUAGCAUGCUCUCAAGCGGUACCAAAGACAAGGACAGAUACCCAAAUUCUUUGACGCUGGACUACCACAACAAGGCAACUGGCCAUGAAAGACGUUUAGCUACAUAUAUGGUUGAAAAUAUUCGGUAUCAAGUUAGUCCAUUGGAGCAAUAUCUACACUGCACGCAGGUAAUGCAGGCAGAGUGUGUAUCAACCGCUUACCGCCUAUGGAAACGUCAAUGGAAAGGCCCAGGGAGGGAAAAUUGCGCCGGAGUUCUAGUGUGGCAGCUUAAUGACUGUUGGCCAGUUAUAUCAUGGUCAAUCGUGGAUUACAACUUGCGACCAAAACACGCCUACUUUGCGAUAAAGAGAGAGCUGGCCCCCAUCACAGUUGGUAUAAAGCGUCCUAUCCAACGGACUUCAGUCGAUGCUACUGGUCCAGGCUCUUUUACAAUCGACGUCUGGGUAUCUAACCUCACUUUACAACCGUGUACUGGGAAAGUGCAGCUCCGAGCCUGGGAUAUCGUCAGCGGGAAACAGACACAUUUAGAAGAUAUUGAAAGAGAAAUUAGGUUUCCUGCGAAUCAAACUAUAGAGCUGGGAAAGGUGGAAAUCCAAGAAGAAGUCCAAGGCUCGAGUAAAUCAUCCCAGACAGUUGUUGCAGCUUAUAUCAUCCAGGGUGGUCAGCAGAUUGCCCGUUUUGUCAACUGGCCAGAGCCCCUGAAGUAUAUUGACCUACAAAUACCACGAACACCAAUAAUAGCGCUUUCAGAUGACAAGCGUCUUCUUCGAUUAUCUGCGGAAAUUCCAGUCAAAGGGCUUGCCGUCUUUUCGAGCUCCGAUGAUGUGGUCUUCGAUGAUAAUUGUGUCGACCUUGUUCCCGGAGAGACCGUCUCGAUUGGUAUCCAUGGGUUAAAGAGCGGGAAUGUAGACGACCUUACUUUGCGGUAUCUGGAAUGA